AUGAAUUUCAAAGACGUUGUGGUAAACGCAUUCAGGCAAACUAAGAAAGCGCUUCUCUGUGCUGUAGGAUGUAUUUUUGCGUACCUUGGGUUGGGAUUUGGAUAUAAAUACUUACUGAAACCCAAAAAAGUUACUCAUGUAGGAGUUGUGUCGCAACUUAUUAUCCAUCCCCUUAAAUCUGGGAAAGGACUAAGCGUGACCACCGCCGAAUGCUGGGAAAUGGGUUUGAAAUACGGUGAGCUCAAGGACCGACACUGGCUUGUGAUCACAGAAGAUGGCCACCAGGUGACGGGCCUGCAGGAGCCACGUUUGGUGUUGGUGUCAAUGACCAUUGAAGGGGGAGAACUAUGUCUGAAUGGCCCUGGCAUGGAAGAGCAAAGGAUCCCCCUCCAACAGCCUGGCAACGCUGUGGCAAACUGCAGGGUGUGGAGAACAGAUGUUCAGGGCAGGGACUGUGGUGACCAGGCUUCUCUCUGGAUUUCACGCUUUCUGGACUCCGGCAAGACUUUCCGCUUGGUGCAGUUUGAGUCCCAUAUGAAACCCAGGAGACCUACGGAGAACAUGGCCCAACGGGUGGCGUACUCUGACAUUGGCGCAGUCAUGCUGCUGUCUGAGGCCUCGGUGACAGACUUGAACACCAGACUGGAGCGGGAUGUCACCGUGGCUCAGUUCAGACCAAAUGUGGUUGUGAGUGACUGUGCAGCCUAUGCAGAGGACUCCUGGGAUGAGAUUCAGAUUGGCAACGUGCGACUCUCUUGGGUGAUGUCCUGUGGCAGGUGUAAUUUUACCAAGGUGAACGCUGAGACAGCAAUCGUGGACAGUAAGCAGCCUUUGGAAGCUCUCAAGAGUUACCGUCUGUGUGACCCAUCGGAGAAGCACAUCUAUAAAAGCUCCCCGCUGUUUGGGCAAUACUACAGAGUCAGCAGAUGUGGAGUUCUCAAGGUUGGAGAUCCUGUUUACAGAAUAAGUUACUGA